AUGUUGUGGUCGAAGUUGCUGAUCGGACUUCUCUCCGCGUCAGGGGUGGCGGCGGUCUCCACCGACGGUCUCUACAGCCUCGUCAAGCGAAGACUGCCAAAUCAUGUCGAUGACUUCCGAUUUAAUGUAGUUCCCAAUAUCACUGGGAGUGACGAGGGAUAUGAUCAAUUCACAGUCAAAUCUGCGCCCAAUGGCACUAUUAUCGUCCAGGGGACGUCUAUCAGUGCUUUGUCUUCGGGUCUCCAUCGAUACCUGACAGACGUGGCACACGUCGAUAUCUACUGGUUCAUCGGUAGUCGGCUGGACCAAGCCCCCGCUAAGCUUCCUCACCUCCACAAGCCGAUCAACGGCUCAAGCACUGUACCAUGGAGGUAUCACUUUAACACGGUCACUUUCUCUUACACGACAGCUUUCUGGUCAUGGGAAGAAUGGGAGACCCAGUUAGACUGGAUGGCCCUUCGUGGCAUAAACUUGCCCCUUGCUUGGGUUGGCGCAGAAAAGAUCAUGGUGGAGGUAUUCCAAGAAAUAGGACUGACCGACGCUGAGAUCGCGACUUUUCUGAGCGGUCCAGCAUUUCAAGCAUGGAACAGAUUUGGAAACAUUCAAGGCUCUUGGGGUGGUGAUUUGCCCUACGCAUGGAUUGACCAGCAAUUCGCUCUUCAGAAAAAGAUUGUGCAUCGCAUGGUCGAGCUAGGAAUGACCCCUGUGCUUCCCGCAUUCACAGGCUUUGUACCAAAUAACAUCACGCGUGUGUAUCCGAAUGCAAGUGUCGUUCGGUCGGCAGACUGGAACGGUUUCUCAACCCGGUAUUCCAACGAUUCAUUCCUCGAGCCUUUUGAUGAGCAUUAUGCCCCGAUGCAAACCAGUUUCAUCCGCAAGCAGCAGGAUGCUUAUGGCAACGUUACCAGCAUCUAUACAUUGGAUCAGUACAACGAGAUGAACCCCUACUCUGGGGACUUGGACUAUCUCAAAAACGUCACGCACACAACUUGGAAGAGUCUAAAGGACGUGGAUCCCGAUGCGAUUUGGUUGAUGCAAGGUUGGCUCUUCUACAGUGCAUCGGAAUUUUGGACUGAUAAGCGCGUGGAAGCCUACCUCUCUGGUGUGGACCAAAAUGACGACAUGUUGAUUUUAGACCUGUUCUCUGAAUCCGAGCCUCAAUGGCGCCGAACAGACUCCUAUUAUGGCAAACCAUGGAUUUGGUGUCAACUGCAUGACUACGGAGGCAACCAGGGUCUAUAUGGACAAAUUCGGAAUAUCACCCAAAACGCUUCCCAGGCGCUCAUCGAAUCUCCUAGCAUGGUCGGCUAUGGAUUGAGUCCCGAGGGACAAGAGGGCAAUGAGAUUGUCUAUGACUUACUGUUAGACCAGGCCUGGUCAAAGUCUCCGAUCGACACAAGGAAAUACUUUCACAGCUGGGUAUCAAGUCGAUAUGCUGGCUCCGGAUCUAUCCCUCAGGAGUUAUAUGAUGCCUGGGAAACUCUGCGAACGACUGUAUACGAUAACACUGAUCUAACGGAUGUUACCGCAGUUGUCAAGUCAAUCUUUGAACUUGAGCCUAGUGUGGAUGGACUUGUCAAUGUAACAGGUACACACGGCACAAAAAUCACAUAUGACCCAUCAUUGGUCGUAAAGGCCUGGCAGUCAAUGUACCAAGCCACCAGUUCCAACUCCAAACUAUGGGAUAACCCUGCAUAUCAACAUGACAUGGUAGAUGUGACACGCCAGGUUAUGGCAAACGCCUUCAUCCCGCUGUACAACAACCUAAUUUCCAGCUGGAACAGUUCCAAUUCCGAUCCAAAGAACCAAACUCUGACGCAAGAGGGACAGAAAAUGAUUCAUCUAUUGGCCGAUCUAGAUUCUGUCCUCUCUACCCAUGAAAAUUUCCGCCUUUCGACAUGGAUAAGUUCCGCGCGUGCAUGGGCCCGCGGAAAUAAAACCCAAGCCGCCUAUCUUGAAUACAAUGCUCGCAACCAGAUCACUCUGUGGGGCCCCCGUGGAGAGAUCACUGAUUAUGCGUCCAAGCAGUGGGGUGGUCUCCUCUCGUCCUACUAUAUUCCGCGCUGGAAGAUCUUUGUGGAGUAUCUCCAAUCGACCUCCGUUUCAGCGUAUAGCGAAACAGCGCUGGAAGAUAAACUGAGGAAGUUUGAACUUGGAUGGCAAAAUCAAAAUUCGAGUGAUUCAGAUUCGCAGGAUUCGUCUGAUCUGAAGCAUGUGUUGACCCGGGUUCAACAUAGAUGGUCCUCGACAUUCCACGCUGUUUGA